AUGGUCAGGAUGACACAGAAGCACAGCCUAGAGGGCCAGGUGUACUCAGUGCCUCUCAUCCAACCAGACCUGAGGAGAGAGGAGGCUGUCCAUCAAAUAGCAGAUGCAUUACUUUACUUGGAAACCAUCUCUACAGAUAUUUUCAGAAGGGUGUCUGAGAGUGUGGAGAAGAACCGCCGCCAGCUGCAGAGCAUCACUGACCGGAUCAGACUAGCUCAGGCCCGUGUCGACAAGAUCAAAGGCAGUAAGAAGGCCACCAAGGUUUUUUCCAGUGCAAAGUACCCGGCUCCAGAUCGACUUCAGGACUACUCAUCUAUCUUUACUGGGGCUGCAGACCCCUCCUCACAAAUCCGCCCCCGACACAAGAUACAGAACAAACUUCGGCCCUUUGAUGAGAAGGCCUUGCAGGAGAAGUUAAUGUAUUUCCCAGUGUGUGUAGGCAAUAAGAAGAAAUCUGAGGACGAGACGGAGGAGGGGCUGGGGAGUCUGCCACGCAACAUCUCAUCUGUCAGCUCCCUGUUGCUCUUUAAUACCACAGAGAACCUAUAUAAGAAGUACGUGUUCCUGGAUCCUUUGGCGGGAGCAGUGACUAAAACACACACAACACUAGAGACUGAAAAAGAAGAGAAACCAUUUGACGCUCCAUUGUCCAUUACAAAGAGAGAACAACUAGAAAGACAGACAGCAGAGAGUUAUUUCUAUGUGCCAGACCUGGGCGAGGUGCCCGAGAUAGAUGUGCCGUCCUACUUGCCCGAUCUGCCAGGCAUUGCAGACGACCUGUCCUACAGCGCAGACCUUGGGCCUGGCUUUGCCCCAUCAGGACCCACACACAACAUCCCUGAGCUGCCCUCCUUCUCUGAGGAGAGCAACGUACCAGGAUCACAGCUCCAGCCUAAUGCGACACUUCCCCCGCCACCUCCGCCUCCUCCUCCUCCUCCUCCCCCUGAGCCUGCCCUCGCUUCUGCAACUCCUGCAGGAGCUCCCCCCCCUCCACCGCCUCCACCCCCUCCUCCUGUUGACAGCCCUGCAGAAGUCUCUCGAGCGCCAGCUUCAGGUCCUGUGUCUGGUGCUCCCAAUGAGGUGGUCCAGCCGUCCGACAGCCGUGCCAGUCUGCUGGAGUCCAUCCGCAACGCCGGAGGCAUCGGCAAGGCCAAGUUACGCAACGUUAAAGAGCGCAAGAUGGAGAAGAAGAAACAAAAGGAACAAGAGCAAGCAGUGGGAGCAGCAUCUAGUGGUGGAGACUUCAUGUCUGAUCUCUUUAAUAAACUCGCCAUGCGAAGGAAAGGUAUAUCCGGUAAGGGUCCAGCAGGUGGGGAGUCAGGUGACACUCCCGCUGGUACCGGCGGCGCAUUUGCCAGGAUGUCAGAUGUCAUUCCACCACUUCCUGCCCCGCAGUCGACAACAGAUGACGAUGACUGGGAAGCAUAACACGAUGGACGACGAACACUCGAAGCAGUGAAGUAAAAUGGGCAGUAAUUUUCCUCAUAUUGCCAGUUCUAAUAAGUGCAUUGAUUUAUUGAAGUAGUUGAACAAAACAUUACUUAAACUCAAAUGAUAAAACAAUUUAUUGAUAUCAUAUUCAUUGUAAAACAUAUUUUCAUGAAAUUAAACAAGCAGAUACUCACUGAGAUCACAGAAACAUUCUACUAAGAUUUUCCUAUUAAAUAAAACUCAUUUUUGCAUUACAUAACACUGAA